CAUCCAACCAAAAUUAAUAGUCUUCUCCCACUCUCGCUGUUGCUUCUCCCAUUCGCUCGCUCGUCCUCUCGAAACCCUCACCGGCUCUCGGUGCCGACGGAAGCGCCCGAUCGGCCCCUCCCCCUCGCGGUGGCGUGUCCCGGUGGUGCUCCUCGGGUCUUCGCCGCACGUGUCGCGUUUUACCUCUUCCGCCGUCUCGCGAUCGACUCUUUGAUCCCAUGGAGGUAUCUUCGCCUACGGGAUCGAGCUCGUCAGGCAUUAAGCGUCAACGCUUCCAGGUUAAUCUCGAGGGGUCAAGUCAAAUUCAUAGAGAUGUUGAUCCAAGUUCCACUGAGAUCAUAUGUGAAAGCACCCUGGGUUGUGAAGCCAGGGAAACAGUCAUAUAUGAUGAGGAUGGGAAGCAAAAACAAGUUGUAUCAUCCAACAAUAUUUUAGGUUCCAUUGCAUAUUAUGGCUUGCAAAAUGAUGCUUCUGCAAGUACUUCCAAAAGUUCAGAAGUAUACUUGCAAGAUUGCAACUAUUAUAACGAUGACGAGGAGAAUAAUUGCAACAAAGACGAGAAUGUCUAUGAUGAAGAAGAGGACUACAACUAUAAUGAAGAUGAAGGAUAUGAAUUUUACCUUGAAGAAGAUGACAAAAUUGAUUACGGGUUCAAAUUGGCUGCUCAAUUUGAUGAUUUGGACCUACCACCUGGGGUAGAGGCUACCGUACCAUGGUUGGAUAACUCGGCACCUAAAAGUUCAAGUAAUUCUAAGCAAGAGACUGAUAUAAAAUUCAAUUCAUUUAAGCAAUUUAACAUUGUUCAAGAUUUCUCAGAUCAUCAUUUUGCUAAAACAUAUUCAUCAGUAAUGCAGGCAAAAGAUUGGAUGAAGAAAAUUCAGAAAGAGUGGAAAUUGUUAGAAAAGAAUCUACCAGAUACUAUACUUGUACGAGUAUAUGAGGACAGAAUGGAUCUACUUAGAGCUGUUAUAGUAGGACCGGCUGGAACUCCAUACCAUGAUGGCCUAUUCUUCUUUGAUGCUCAGUUUCCUCCGAAAUUUCCACAGGAACCUCCGGUACUUCAUUACCACUCUCAUGGACUUUGCCUUAAUCCAAACUUGUAUAAAGAUGGAAAGGUCUGCCUUAGCCUUCUCAACACUUGGUAUGGGAAAGGUUGUGAAAGGUGGAAUCCAUCAGAAUCAACUAUGCUGCAGGUCUUGGUCUCCAUUCAAGCUCUUAUUCUAAAUGAAAAGCCCUACUUCAAUGAGCCUGGAUUUGAGUUGACAGCAAACACGGCUGAGGGCCAUGUGAAAUCCUUGGCCUACAAUGAGGACAUUUUCCUGCUAUCUUGCAGGACAAUGCUGUACUCGUUACGAGGACCUCCAAAACAUUUUGCAGAAUUUGUUGCUGGACAUUUCUGCAACAAAGGGCACACCAUUCUUGCGGCAUGUCGAGCUUACAUGUCAGGUGCUCCGGUUGGGUCCGUCAUCUGGGAGCAGGUGCAGGAUGUUGACAGAAGUGACGAGAGGCUGUCAAUUAGUUUCAGAUCCUCGCUAAAGCAGCUCUUUGAGGAACUUUUGAUGGAGUUCUCUGUUAAAGGAGCUGAUUGUGAUGAAUUUCUUAAUCAGAAAGUUAAAGCCGGAGCAGCCGCUGCUCUGUCAUUGCAAUGAGGCUCGAGCUAAACUCCAUUUUCGUUAGCUUGAUGAGACAUUUUUUUCCUAGAAAGUUUAGUUUCUUUAGAAAUAAGCUUGGUGACUUGUAAGGCUUGGCAUCUUUGGAUUUAGGGUCUGUAGAUAAUUCUGGGCUGAGAAAGCCUUCUUGGAGGAUGGAUGCUAGAGGGACUGGACCAAUUGCAAAGGUGUACAUUCAUUCUCUAACGGCUUUCCCAAGGAACACACCUUGUUCACAUCUUUUGAAGCUUCUUUCCAAAUAAAUUUACACACGGAUUACACAGAGUUUCUCCGA